AUGAGUCCUUUUCAAGCGGAACCCUUGAUAUAUGAAACAAUGUACUUUUUCCAAGCCAUUGGGCAAUUGCAAGUCGCUGCGGCAUUUUCAGCUUCGAGUGGAUUUCAUAUGGUUUUAGCUAUACUCAUAUCUGGUCAAUAUGAUAUACUCUAUUGCAGUCUUAAAAAUGUAAUGGCGACAGCUUAUAUCAAUUUAGGAGCAAGUCGAUCUGAAUUAAAAAAACUAAGUGAAAGCCAAGUAAUCGCCGAUAAGGAACCCAGUCAGUAUUACUGUUCUGUGGAACUUCAAAAUAAUGAAAUUCUGAACUCAACUUUUACAACUACGGGUACAGCUGAAAAUUUUUAUUCUGCAUUCAGAGCAGCAUUUAAGUCUUGCGUACAACAUCAUCGAUAUAUCAUAAAGGCCUUACAAAAAAUGGAAUAUUUCUAUAAUCCAAUUUGGUUCUUGAAAACCGGAGAGGUUAUAUUUUUAAUGUGCUUAGUAGCAUUUGUUUCGGUGAAGUCAACUACUGCAAACUCCAGUUUUAUGAAAAUAGUUUCUUUGGGUCAAUAUUUACUAUUGGUAGCCUGGGAAAUGUUAAUAAUUUGCUAUUUUGGAGAAAUUAUUUAUUUAAAUAGUCAACGUUGUGGAGAAGCUCUAUUGAGAAGUCCUUGGUACUUACAUUUGAGAGAGAUGAAAAUGGAUUUUUUACUCUUUUUAUUAAAUUCACAAAGGACAUUCAAAUUGACAGCCGGAAAAAUUUAUGUACUGAAUGUAGAUCGUUUCCGUGGAAUUAUGGCCACAGCAUUCUCAUUUUUAACUUUGCUGCAAAAGUUGGAUGUGCGUAAUUGAAAUACUGAAUACAUUUAUAACGUUCAUGAGUAUUUAAAAUAGUUGAAAAAAGACAAUUAUAAUUGCACUUCUUAUUUUUA